CUUGACCACAUAUACGACAUUUAAGUAUUAUCAUACAUCCAAGUAGGCAUCCAACAGAUCCUUAUGAACAACCAAUUCUCAAGCUCUACAUUGCCUGGCGGUACUCCGGCGAGGCUACGAGCUGACUCGGAUGUGCCUAAAGCUGAAGGAGCCCAGUUCGAGUCAACCCACCUCUCAAGUACUGCUCGAUUAUCAGAAGAGCUAGGUAUGUAGUGCUGCUGAUUAGCAGCGCGAUGUAAGAAUCCUUUGGCAGAUACCUAUGAUGGGGCACACAGAUCUCAAUUCUAUGAAUUAGGCCAGAAAUUAUUGGAGGAAAGUAUGGGUCCAGACCGACCUCUGAUAUCUUCACCAACGACAAUGCAUGAGCUCCGGGCAGAGUACACUGGCGCCCCAUCUUUUGUGGCGCAGAUCGAUAGCUUGAUGAAUCAAGGUUAUACAAAGAUUAUUCGUACUAAAGGUGAUGGAAAUUGCUUUUACCGAGCUCUGGCAUAUGCAUACCUUAGCAGCCUCGUCGAUUCCCCAAAUCUCGUCUAUUCUGCAAAAUCUGUGAUAGAAUCAGGCUCUAGGAUGAUGGAACAUAAUUUUAUGGACGCAGAUAUCAUCUCGACUUUCUGCGAACCCCUUAUGGAUUUAGUAGAUGCCAUCGGAAACCCCGACCCUAGUAAAGCGCUGACGCAUAAUCGUCUACUGUCUGCCCUUCUUGACGACGAAACGUCAAACUGCAUUGUCACAUACUUGCGACUUUUAACUACAGCCCAAAUCCAAUCCGCGAGCGAUGAUUAUGCUGGCUUUCUCUUCGACGAUUCAGGAGUGCCAUUGGAACCUACCGAAUUCUGUCGGCAAUAUGUUGAUCCCCUUGGGAAAGAAGCAGACCAUGUUCAGGUAGCGGCCUUGUGUCGGGCUCUCAAACUGCACAUCAGGAUUGCAUAUCUUGAUGGUCAUUCCCCGGACGGCCAGGCCCAUUUCCAAGAUAUCACACCCCCAGACGGCGGAGAGAACAAACCGUUGAUUCUCAUCUACCGCCCUGGUCACUACGAUGUUUUGAUAAAGACGAGCUGAUUUGGUGCCAUAUGAACUCACUGGUGCACAUAUCCCCUACAUAUCGGUGUGGCAUGGCCGCAUCUCCAACUCACUAGGAAUCUGACGUACCUACUUACAUAUAUCCUAUGCGUAUCCGCAAGUGAUUUGACCGACAUUCCUAUGUCACGUAGUCAAAUUGUUGGCGAAUAUGUGAUAUGUUUUAUUGCACGCCUAGCCUGUCCCGCUCGAGGUACCAACUGCAACUUCUAUACAAUCUAGCUCGACCUCAAGAGUAUAAGUCAAGUACAUGAUAUCAUUUGGGUGGGCUCAGCUAUACUUGGAAAGAAAUCUGUCGGUAGUAUUUCCCACAGUUUCGAGCUAGUCUUCCAGUGUGC